AUGGCUGACCGGAGACUUAACAGGAAGCCAAGACUUCAGACGUGGAGCAACUGUCUCACUCGGAAGCGUGGCAAAGGCAGCUUCUUUGUUGAGCCACGUCUCUUUUGGGUUUCCAUACACUCCAGCCGCAGCCCCCCCGCGCCUUGGCUUGACGUGAGUGUGUCUUGUCUUGGGUCUUGGCCUUCUUUCUUUUUCGAGGAGCGGGUACCGAGACUCGUUGGUAAAUGUCCCAGAGAACGACGGAUCCCAUUUCGAAAUGGUCAGCCUGUCGUUGGCGCGGCGGGGACCGCCCCCUCCGAGGUUGAGGCUCGACGGCCAUCAGCAUCACGAACGGGAUGGUCCAAAGACUCCGCCGGGACCCCUAACACCUCACCGGCCGCUCGUGGUCUCGACUCUUUCCGGCCCGCCCUUUGCGCAACCAACGAGUUCGACAAAGCCUUCGUUAACGUCUUCGGAAACGUCUUCGGCAACGUCUUCGGCAGCACCUUCGACAACCUCUUCGACAACGCCUCCAACAACGCCUCCAACAACGCCUUCGCCCAACGAGACACCUCCGGCUACCCCGACUUCGUUCUCCCUUGUUUCCUCGACGCGGAUCCCAGCAAUAACCUCGUCCUCCUCGGCACCCGGCAUUCCUACUCAGUCAUCCGCUCUUCAAAGCCCCGCAUCUUCGUCCAUCGCGGCAUCACAGCCUCCACCCUCCGUGCUCCAAAGCCCCACCAAGACGGCUUUCGUCACCGCAGCCCCGCUGACGGUCACGGUCACGGCGACUGCGGUACCAAACUUCUCUCCGAACAACACGGGCAGCGAUGGCGGCAGCCAACCGCAGCCAUCCGCGGUCGGGUCAAAUCGCGGCCCCGGCUUCACCACAGGAAGCGGCGUGAUAGCUCUGAGCGUCCUGGGGAGCUUAGGUAG